AUGGAGAUUAGUCGUGUCGAGGUGUGCAGCAAAGCUGAUGAUUUAGCAUUAAGGGCAGUGGAGGAUAGAUCCUCCAUCCAUUCCUCUUUGAGCUUGGAGUAUGGGCCGACUAACGAGCAUAGUGAGCCACAGUUGGCGUUUCGUCAUCUCCAGGCUGAAAUAGCCGAAAAGGAGGAGGCAUUGAGGGUUUCUACUGUUGAGAAUUGGCUGCUGCUCAUGUUUGAGAUAGGGAAUCUGGGACCCUUGGUGGCUUCCUUGAAGGAAAUCAGUCAACAUUACUGGAGUAGAGAACUCAGGUGUCUCAUGCUGAUUGAUUGGGAUGCUGCAUCCACAAGUCUGAAAUUGUUGAGUGAAAUGGAGUCCGCCUCUGUGCCAUCUAAUGAACGUGCUUCUACAACCGGGUCUAAUGCUAAUUCUUCAUCUGUGAGGGCGAAAUGUGAUCCUGCAUGGGAUCAUGUAACUGAAGAGUUGAAAGACGGAAAAAGUAGUUAUAGGUGUAUACAUUGUGGGAAAACUUAUAAAGGAGGGGGCAUUAAUCGAAUGAAAAGACAUCUAGCUGGAAUUAAAGGUGAUGUGGCUGCAUGUAUGGGUGUACCUUAUGAUGUUAGAGGUAGGGGGUUAGGUAGGGGAAAUAGAAGUAGUCCUAGUAAUUUUCCACCAAGAUCCAAUCUUGGCAAGAGAAAGGUUGGUGACAUUGGUAAUUACUUCGCUCCUAGAACAACACCGGGAGCUCAACCUUCUAUUAAAAGUGUGCUUGCUGGCAAAGAAAAGAAGCGGAGGGUUGAUAUGGCUGUAGCAAGAUGGAUGUAUGAUGCUUGCAUUCCAAUUAAUGCUGUGAAUUCUAGUUAUUAUCAACCUAUGUUCAAUGCUGUAGCUUCUUAUGCUCCUGGAUAUAAAGGCCCAAAUUAUCAUGCCCUUCGAGUGCCUUUGUUGAGAGAAGCAAAAAGAGAAGUCCAAUUGAUUGUUGAUUCUCAUCGUUCAUAUUGGGUUGACACUGGUUGUACAAUAAUGGCUGUCGGGUGGACUGAUACUAGGCAUAGAACAUUGAUUAAUUUUCUUGUCUAUUGUCCUAAAGGUAUUAUUUUUAUACGUUCUAUUAAUACUUCUGACUUGGUUAAGGAUGCUAUUAAUUUAAGUAACUUGUUUGAUGAAAUUGUUAAUUGGGUUGGUCCUGCAAAUAUAGUACAUUUGGUCACUGACAAUGCUGCAAAUUAUGUAGUUGCUGGAAGAAUUUUGUGUGGAAAAUAUAGGAACAUUAGUUGGUCACCUUGUGCAGCACGUUGUCUAAACCUAAUUUUUAAAGAGAUUGGGAAGAUGGAUCAUGUAGCUAAACUUACAAAGCGUGCAUCCAAGAUCAUUGUGUUCAUCUAUAACCAUGUGGCUUUGCAAGCUUGGUUGAGGACUAGAAAAAAUUGGACGGAAAUUGUGCAUCUAGGGCCAACUAGGUUUGCUACUACUUUCAUUGCCUUAGGGAGUCUUAAGGAACAUAAACAUGACUUACAAGCAUUGGUGACUAGCAAAUUUUAUGUUGAAUCAAGAUAUGCAAAAGAUAAGAAAGCAAAGGCAGUGGUGAAAAUCAUUCUUGAUAAUCAAUUUUGGAAUGAUUGUCAUGUAAUUGUGCAUAUUAUGUCACCAUUGAUUCGUUUAUUACGCAUUGUUGAUUCUGAUGAAAAACCAGCUGUGGGUUAUGUAUAUGAUGGCAUGUAUAAAGUAAUUGAUGGAAUUAAAAAAAAUUUCAAGGACAAGAAGAGACUAUGGGAGCCUUAUGUUAAUAUUAUCAAGGAUCGUUGGGAUAAUCAAUUCUAUAGAGAUAUUCAUGCUGCUGCUUAUUGGUUGAAUCCUGCAUUCCAAUAUGACACAUCCACUCUUAAUAAGAGGCUAGAGACACAAUCUGCUGUGACAGAUGUUAUUGAAUCAAAAGUUUCAGUUGGUCGGUUGAAGUUGGUGGAGGAAUUAAGGCUAUUUCGAGAGCGUGAACAAACUUUUGGAACCCAACUUGCUCAAGAAUCAGCCAAGACAUCUCAGCCGGAUGAGUGGUGGAAGUUGUUUGGAUCUUGCGCUCCAACCUUACAAAAGUUUGCAAUUCAGAUCCUUAGCCAAACAGCUACCUCUUCGGGAUGUGAGCGGAAUUGGAGUGCUUUUGAACAAAUACAUACCAAAAGAAGAAAUAGAUUGGAGCAUCAACGACUUAAUGAUCUUGUGUUUGUUCAUUAUAACUACCAAUUGAAAGAAAGAGUCAAAAGGAAGAAGUUCAAUUUUGAUCCUAUUGAUUAUGCAAGUAUCGAUAAAACUGAAUUUUGGGUAGUGGAAGAUGAGAAACCUCCAUUUCUUGAUCAUGAGGAGAUAGAAAAUGCAUUAUAUGAAGAGGGAGCCUAUCCAAUUGAAGAAGGGUCUUCUAGCCAUGUACAAAAAGAUAUGGACAAUGAAGUGAUUGAGGAUGAUGAUGAUGACAUUAAUUUGGAAUCAUUUGGUGAUGAAGAUGAUGCUCCUCUUGGAUUUAGAGAUAAAAAUCAUCCUAUUCAUGUUGAAGAUGAAGAUGAGGAUGAUGAUAAUGAUGCUAGUGGUGGAGCAUUUGGUUCACAUGAUGAUAUUGAUUUCAAUUUUCUUCAUAACAAAUGA